AUGAGUUUUAUUGAUCAAAUCCCAAAAAGUUUUAUUCCAAAGUUAGAUGACUUUAGAAAUAAAUUAAAACCACUCGAAGGUUCAGUUGAUUAUUGUCCAAAGGCUUGGUUUUUAGGUCCAAAAGCAGAAAAUUCUGAAUUAUUAAUGACUCUCCUCAAAAGAGCAAUUGAUGCUCAUCUUCAAUCAAGAAUCAAUUUCCACAAAGAAGAUGCACCAAUUUUCGAAGAUUCUUACAAAAAAGAUCCUGUAUACCUCAAUGCAGCAAAAGACAUGACCAAAAAAGUUGAUGAAGUUUUAAAUUUCUUAAAACACUCUCUUCCAUAUUCAUCCUUUAGAUAUCAAGGACAUAUGACAUCUGAUGUUACUAUUGCUGGUGUAAUUGGUGCCACUGCUACUAUUUUAUACAAUCCAAACAAUGUAACAGUUCAAGCAAGUCCAGUAACCACAUUUAUUGAAAUGGCAGUUAGUAAUGAUCUUGCCCGUAUGGUUGGUUGGGAAUUUCCAGAAAAAAUUCCAAAGUUUAAUAACAGACAUGAAAAGAAACUUUUUGAAGAUAAAAAUAUUAUUCCAUGCUUCCAUUUAACUUGUGGUGGUACAGUUUCAAAUAUUGAAGCUUUCUGGGCUUCAUACUGGACUAAAUUUAUUCCACUUGCUUUGAAAUCUGCUCUUAUCAACGAACCAGAAUUAGCAGGUGCCAAAGAUAUUCCUGUCACAUUGGCUAAUGGUACAGUAAAGAAACUCAUUGAAGUUACUUCAUGGGAAGGUAGUAAUAUUAACACUGAUGAAACUGUUAAACUUCCAUAUGAUGUUGCUGAAAUUUUAAAUCUUGAAGAAGCCAAAGUUAUUUUCUUAUUAAAGAAAUACCAUCCAUCUGUAAUUGGUAACAGAAAAUUCUUUAACGAUCAUAACUUAAAAGAUCCACUCAUGUUUGCUUCAGGUGCUGCUCAUUAUUCAAUUCCAAAAGCUGCUGCUUUAUUAGGUUUAGGAUCUGGUGCAUUAAUUAGUUUGCCAGUUGAUAACCAUGCUCGUGUUGAUUUAACUGAUUUAAAGAAGAGAUUAGAUGAUUGCGUUGCAAAUCAAAUUCCAGUUAUUCAUUGUGUGGCUGUUAAUGGUACCACUGAAGAAUCUGCAGUCGAUGAUUUCGAAGGUAUGGUUCUCCUUAGAAGUGACAUGAAUAAAAAAGGUUUAGCCUUCAAUUUAGUUGCUGAUUGUGCUUGGGGUGGUUACUUUAGUUCAAUCAUUAAAGAUGACUAUCAACUCGAAAAUCCAAAGAAUGAUAUUUUAUAUCCAACAAGAACAAAACAAGCUCCAGUUCCAUAUUCAAAUGAUCUUAAUGAUACUGAUUCCGAAUUAUUUGCUAGCAAACAUUUUGCCAGACAAUUAAGAGCAUUAAAACAAUUCGAUACAAUUACAAUUGAUCCACAUAAAGCAGGAUAUAUACAUUAUGAAUCUGCAUCUAUUGGUUAUCGUAAUAAGAGAUUCAGAGAUAUUUUAGUUUACACUGCAACCUAUAUUGGUGGAUCAAAUGUACCAAGUGUAGGUAUCUAUGGUAUUCAAGGCUCAAAAGCUGGUGCCAAUGCAGUUGCUGCUUAUUUGAGCCAUUCAAUUAUGCGUACAUCAAAAUCUGGUUAUGGUAUGAUCUUAAAGAGAUGUUUAUUAAGUACAAGACUCUUCUACUUGAGAUUAUUAUGGUUAUGUGGUGAUAAUGAUCAAUUCAAAGUUGUUGGUGUACCAAUUGAACCAUCUAAGGAAACCCUCGAUAAUCUCAAAUCAAGAUUAUACGAUGCCAAUGGUCAAAUGAAGAGUGUUGAUACAAUUUGUCAAGAUCAACAACUCGUCGUUGAUUUAGCUGAAGUUGGACCAGAUCAAAAUAUCGUUUGUUUUGGUAUUAAUUUCAAGGAUGCCAAUGGUAAGUGGAAUACUGAUUACAACAAAUACUGUGAUGUUAAUAAUCAAAUCUAUGAAAGAUUUGAUUAUAAAAAAGAAGUUGGUAUGGCUCAAUUUGAUUUAAUUUUCUCAAAUACCGCUUUCAACGAUCAGUAUGGUCAAGUAUUCCAACAAAGUCUUGCCCAAAGAUUUGGUCUCACUACCAAUGUUCCAGCUUUUGGUAGUAAUAAAUUCCAAUUACCAGUUUUAAGAUCAACUGUUAUGGAUGUCUUUGCUAACGAAACCACUAAAGGUUCAUUCUUUGAUGUUACAAUGCCAUUGUUCAAAUCAGAAUGCGCUAAAAUUGUUGCUGCAUUUGUUAACGCUUCCAAGGCUUCAAAACCAACUCUUUAA